AUGGGAGCCGAACCAAAACUCGACAAGGAGACUUCCAAACAGCUAGAUGACUUCCGUCAAUCAGUAGCUGAAGCAGCAGAGACUGUCAUUUUCCGUGUCUUUCCCAGCAAGGGAUUCAUCGACUCCACACAAUCGCCUUCGUCGCCCUUUCACAUGUCCCAUGCCGCCAGCUCUACUGACCCCACGAUCUAUCCACCUCCCGACACUACACAUCUCUCUGACGAACCUGAUACUAAGAAGCGUAAGCUGUCCGAUGGUGGCAUAGGACCGUCUUUCGGCAGCAACGACGUCCAGAAUGCUCGUUUCCCGAAUCUUGUUACGAGAAACAAGCACUUGGACGAAGUCCAUCAGAUUGUCAAAGGAGAAUGCGAACAGCUUGCAGACCACUGUGACAAGGUUAAGCUAUGGAUCAAUUUGACUAUGCCCAAGAUCGAGGAUGGCGACAACUUCGGCGUACAGAUUCAAGAAGAGGUACUCGCUGAGUUGCACCGAGCGCAAGAGAGCGCAUACGGUCUCCGAGACUCUGCACGCCAGAACCACCUCAAUCGUGCCAAAAUCUGCACGAAGCUGAUCAAGUAUCCUCAUGUCGAAGACUAUACUUUCGCCCUGAAGGAGCACGACGAGAGGCAGUUGUAUGUCUCACGCAGAAACCUGCUAGACUUGCGUAACAUAUACGCAGUAAUCUCAGACAUCCUGCACAAGAACAUCGCCAAGCUCCGUACCCCGAAAGGCAAUAAUCGCGCGGGUCUUUACUGAAUGGACACGGCUUGUUUUGUCUCAUCUG